GGAAACCAGUCAGUCCCGUGACAACAGAAGUUUAAGGUUCGGUGUAACCUCGAUGAUAACGCGAGAUUUGGACACCGUGUUAUAAUGGCCGAAAUGGGCAACUUCUGGGAAGAUUACCGUAAACAAGCAAGACAGCUGGAAAAUGAAAUAGACUUAAAGCUUAUAUCUUUCAGCAAGCUUGGAACAAACUACUCAUUUUCCGAUACCUACAGUGACAAAUCACCUCUGCUUAAUAAAAAUGGAAGCGAACACAUGUUUGAAACAAUGGAGAUGGAAAUUGAGCAACUUCUUUCCAAGCUAACAGAGGUGAACGACCGCAUGGCGGAGUACACACAGAGCAUCAGCUCAGCGUCCCCCAGCGCAGCCCUGCUGCACACUCUGAAGAGACACAGAGACAUUCUGGCUGACUACAGCCAGGAGUUCCAGAAAACCAAGGCCAACAUCACGGCCAUACGUGAGAGAGAGGACUUGCUGGGGUCCGUUCAGAGGGAUAUCAGUGCUUACAAAAAUUCUUCUGGUCUCAACAGACGAACAGACUUAUAUUUAAAGGAAAAUGAACAUAUUCGGAACUCUGAAAGACUUGUGGAUGAUCAAAUCAGUAUUGCAAUUGCCACUAAAGAAAGCCUGGAUUCACAGAAGAAAUCAUUGUCAGGAAUCACACACAAAAUAAACACUCUUGCAAAUCGUUUUCCUUUGAUAAACAGCCUCAUGCAAAGAAUAAACAUUCGCAAACGACGGGACUCCAUCAUAUUAGCCAGUGUGAUAGCAACGUGUGUCAUCAUCUUACUGCUCUACAUGUUCCAUUGAACAUGACUCCAUGGAACUGGGAACAGUGGGUCCUAAAUAUGAUUGAGUGGCGUUCUGAGUAAACUGGGCAUAAUGCAUGUGCGUAAAGUGUGGUCCCAGAUAAGCCUGUGCAGUGUGCACAGGCUAAUCAGGGACAACACUUUCCGCCUAAAUUGGAUUUUUGCUAAGAAGAGACUUCAUUUAAACGAACAAUGUCAUACAAGCUGAAUGUGUCAUCCCUGAGUAGCAUGUGCAGUCCAGUCCGCACAGGCUAAUCAGGGACAACACUUUACGCACAUGCAUUAUGCCCAGUUUUCUCAAAACGCGACUCAUAUCAUUGUAAAACAUCAACAUAACUUUGCGUGUUACUGAUUCAAAUGUGAUAUACAUGAACUGAUCAUAAUACUGUGUAACAGGCUGUCUGCUGAAAAAAAGGUUCAAUUGUCCACAUACAGGAUGUUGCUAUGAUCAGAAAUUCAGCAUUGAAUUAGUUGUUGUAAAAUUGAACACUGUUUAUUACAAUGCUGAAACAAGCAAUAGGCGUAUGUAUUGGACAUAUCUUUUUUGUAGUUUUUAUAAAAUGAUCGACCAGAUGACUAUUAAAUUCAGUCGUUAAUAAAAAAACUGGUUCAAACUGGUUCUGCUCUUUACAAGAUUCAUGUUUAAGUCAAAAUUUAUAAUUUAUUUACACACGGUACAUGAACGUUUUUCUUUUUGUAGACAGACUAAUAUCUUCAGAUACUGAAAGGUUAAUGCUUAGAUUUUAGGUACUGUUAUUAUUUAUAUAAUAUGUGUACCAGUUUAUUUUAUAUCAAACAAAUAACUAGCUUUGUUUUGUAGAAAUAAUUUGUUUCUGCCGAAAUUUUUCAGGCUCCUUGAUUUGUGAACAUAUUUCAGGAAUACAUGUGUGCACAAUGAUGUAGAAGAAACAUAUGAUAUUCUAGUUUAAGUACAUGUAACACUUACUUUUCAGUUUCAUAUCUCUUCAUUUCAUUACUGCCGUACUUAUAAGAAAGAAAUAGUAUUUAAAUAUGAUAUCAAACUGUCUAGUUGAAAGGGUUUACAUAGAGUGUUUUUGUUGUUGUUUUUAUGUCCCCCAGUCUAUACUGGGGGACAUAUUGUUUUUGCCCUGUCUGUUUGUUGGUUUGCAUCAAACUUUUAAAUUGGCCAUAACUUUUGCAAUAUUGAAGAUAGCAACUUGAUAUUUGGCAUGCAUGUGUAUCUCAUGGAGCUGCAUAUUUGAGUGGUACAAGGUCAAGGUCAUCCUUCAAGGUCAAAGGUCAAAAUAUGGGGGACAUAGUGUUUCACAAAGAUAUCUUGUUUUUUAUUAAAUGUAUAUUUAUGCAUACAAAGUUUUUUUUACUGGAGCCUAAUGUAACAAUUGAAUAUCAUGAAACUGGAUAUGCAGGUAUCGCAAUUUAAUAUUUGACUGAUAAUUGCAAAUACAGUUUUAUGCAGUGCUAAGUAAUUGACAUUUCAGUUACUCAGUUAACAAAUAUUUUCAUAUUUAAUUUAAGAUAAAGUAACUUCAUUCAAAUUCUUAUUUCACAAGGCGUUAUUUUCCAGACUUAUACUUCCAUAGUUAUUUUACAUCUACUGUAAUGAUUAGCUUCUUUGAUAAUAUAUACCCCUGCAUUUUCAGUUGCCAAGAGGCAUAUUGUGAUUGGCAUCUCUGUUCUUAAACCUAUUAUGAUAGGUUUUGCACUACAACACUAUCAUACUUGCAAGGAUGUUAUCUACAAACCCUCUAAACACAACAUCACCUGAAUACUUGCAAGGAUGUUAUCUACAAACCCUCUCAACACAACAUCACCUGACUUCAUUAUCUACACACCCUCUCAACACAACAUCACCUGACUUCAUUAUCUACACACCCUCUCAACACAACAUCACCUGACUUCAUUAUCUACACACCCUCUCAACACAACAUCACCUGACUUCAUUUUCACCUUAACAUUGACCUAAUUCAGAUCAGUUCAAAAGUUCAAAGUCUUUGUUAUCAAAAAAUGCUAGUAAGUGUUUUGUUAUCACUACCACAUGCUACAAAGCUUUGAUACUUGCAUGGAAAUUAUCUAUCAACACAACCACAUCACCCUUUUAUUUUUCUAACUUUGACUUCGAUCUAUUUUUGAACUGAAACAAAUUCAGGGUUACAAAGUUUUAGUUAACCAAAAAUGAUGCUGUUUGUUGAACAUCAAUAAAGGUUUGUCGAAAGCUUUGAUACUUUGGUGGGUGUUAUCUGUAAACACUCUCAUCAUAUUCUCAUUUGUGACCUCAGUUUGAGCUUCAUAUUGACCCUCUUCUGGACUAAACCUUAUUCAGAGGGUCUUAAUUCUUGGUUCUUGAUAAACCCAAAUGCCCAUUAAAUGAAUAUCAGUGCUACUUUAAGCUUUGAUACUUCCACUUAACACUCACAUCACCUGGCUCUGUUAUGUCAUUGACUUCAUUUUGGAUUGAGACUUAUUUAGAAAGGCCAAUGAUCCUAUACAAAAAAGCCUUGAACACAAACACUUUUGUGAUCGUCUUUUGUACGUCGUGCGUAAGUAAAAACUUGUUAACACUCUAGAGGCCACAGUUAUUGUUCGAUCAUCAUGAAACUUGCUCACAAGAUUUGCCCCAAGUAUUUCUUGGACAAGUUCAAAAAUGGUUUGAGUUGCUUCAAAAACAUGGCCACAAGGGGGUGGGGCAUUUUUCCUUAUAUGGUUAUAAUAAACGUUGUUAACACUCAAAAGUCUUCAUUUAUUGUCCGAUCUUUAUGAAACUUGGUCAGAAGAUUGUCCCAAUAAUAUUUUGGAAAAGUGCGAAAACAGUUCCGGUUGCUUGAAAAACAUGGCCACCAGGGGGCUGGGCAUUUUUCCGUAUAUGGCUAUAUAUGGCUAUAGUAAAACCUUGUUAACACUAGAGUCCACAUUUAUUGUCUAAUCUUCAUGAAAUUUGGUCAGAAGAUUGGUCUCAAUGAUAUCUUGGAUGAGUUCGAAAAUAAUUAUGUUUGCUUGAAAAACGUGGCUUCCAAGGGGCGGGGCAUUUUUCCUGAUAUGGCUCUUGUAAAAUCUUGUUAACACUCUAGAGGCCACAUUUACUUACGAUCUUCAUGAAACUUGGUCAGAAGAUUCAUCCCGAUAAUAUCUUGGACGAGUUCAAAAAUGAUGCCGGUUUGUUGAAAAACAUGCCUGCCAGGGGGCGGGGCAUUUUUCCUUAUGUGGCUAUAGUAAAACCUUGUUAACACUCUAAAGGCCACUUUUAUUUUCCGAUCUUCAUGAAACUUGGCCUGAAGAUUUUUCCAAAUAAUAUCUUGUUAUCUCAGGUGAGCGACUUUGGGCCUUUCAGGCCCUCUUGUUUUAAUGAUACCUUGGAUGAUUUCAAAAAUAAAUUCUGUUCUGUUGAAAAACAUGGCCACCAGGGGGCGAGGAAGUUAUCCUUAUAUGCAGAGGUCCAGAUAAUACGCAUUAAUUAUACUUUUAAUGAGUAAAAAAUCAUAAAAAUUGGAAUACGCAUUUUGUGCAAUUAACAGUUGGACCAACAGUGCCCCAAUAUGGAUUAUUUGAUCAGCCAUUUCAAAAUACAUGUUUAUGUAAACGAGAGUAUACGUUCUUUAUUAUAAAUGCAUGAUAUCUGCAUGUUUAUGAAUAGAAAAUUUAUAAAAUACAAAAUCAAAGACUUGCGGGAGUAUUUCAGUACUCCCGCAAAAGUCUUUGAUUUUGUAUUUUACUCAUCAGCUAAAACAGUCAUGAGUGAAAUACUCUAUCUUAAAAAAUUAUCUGGAGCUCUGCUUAUAUGGCUAUAGUAAAACCUGGUUAGCGCUCUAAAAGUUACAUCAAUAGCAACUUGUUUGGAACAUUUGCUCUUAUAAUAUCUUGGGCUGCACAGAAUAGAUCAGUUCCUUUGAAUCUCAGAUGAGCGUCCAUGGGCCUUUCAGGACCUCCUGUUUAAGAUUGACAGGGACCAGUUUCUAUACUGUUAUCUUUGUGUUCAGUUAACUGAUGCCCUCUUUUGGGAAUGCGGAUUUUAAUAAUACAAAUGGGAAAACAACUACAUAUUCAAUAAUUAACCAGUUUUUGCAACCAAUUUAGGCCUUUGUAAUAAGUUAUAGACUUAAGAGGAUGCUCUUUAUUAGCUAUAAGCGUUAAAUAGCACGUCAGUGUUUGACAUGAUAACACUAUACUGCAUAGCAGGAAGCAUGUAUUAAUAAUUAGAACUCAGUAACCCAAUAAUAACACGACUUAGGACAAAUAAAUGGGUUAUGGGUUUUCAGUGUAUAGUUUGUAUGCCUUUCCAAAUUGUUAACGUGUUUAUUAGCUCGGCGUUUUCGGAGAAAACCCGAGGUAUUGUCAUAGCCAGCUCGUCGUCCGCUGUCCGACGUCCGCGUCGUGCUAAAACCUUAACAUUUUGUUAAGGUUUUGAACAUUGGCUCUAAAAUCAAAUUGCAUCCACCUACAACUUUGAAACUUCAUACGUAGAUGCACUUUGAUGAGUUCUACACGCCACACCCAUUUUUGGGUCACUAGGUAAAAGGUCAAGGUCACUGUGACCUUUAAAAAAAAUCUGACAAGCUUUCAUUUAUUCAAAACUGCACCCGUAGCCGAGCCUGGCACCUGUUAUGCGGUGCUCUUGUUUUAUAUUUGAUUAUGAUAAAUGUUUGUAAAAAUGUAUAAUCUCUUUAUGGUGUAAAUAUUGAGGAUUUACUUAUAUAUAGUCAUAGCCACUAUUUAUUUUUGUUAAUGGUUUUUCAGUGGAUUUGUAUAUUUUUUUUAUUCAUGUCAUCUAAGCUUGCAUUUGGCUAAUUCUGAAAAAGAAUUAGUUUAUGUUCAGUUAGGAAGUACAGGUAUCGUACAGACCAUCGUUAUCUCUUUUAUAUUCAUAUGGUUAUAUGUGCCCAUUCACAUUUGCUCUGUCUUGAUUAUGUGUUAUGAAUAAAAUGCUAUGAAUAAACUCAUGAAUAAACGAG